AUGGAGACUUCUUCGACUGGUCGCAAGCGGACGAGCGUUCGCCGCGCCAAUGUCACGGCCUGUCAGCGGUGCAAGUCGCGAAAACAGAGGUGCGACCAGAACAUCCCGGCCUGUUCCUCUUGCGCUCGGGCUGGUGUACCAUGUGUAAGUGUAGAUGCAGAUGGUCGAUCUGCUCCCCGGAGUUACAUCAAGAGUCUCGAGGACCGCGUCGCUCAGCUUGAGCUUGCAUUACGGAGUCAUGGAGUCGAGACCGAAUCUGUUUCCGAUGUUCAGACCCCUCAAGAACCUGGCACAGCCAUCGAAGCACCCUCGGAGCAGCCCCAGACAGCUGGAGGGUUAAUGCUGUUGAACCUGCUGGUUCCCGACCCAGGUGAUAUCCAGGACGGAGCAGCAGCUGGCUACCAUGGCUUGCUUGAGAACAUUACUGUCCCGACCGUGGUAAAGUUUCCACCCAAGCCGACCGCGUUACAGCUUACUGCCACGUACUUUGAGCACUCCAACUUCUUCUCACCGAUCCUCGAUGAGGGUCGGUUCCGGGCAACGGUUGAGAGGCUGUACGAUGCCGAGUCUGGGCCGAGCCAGGGGACAUUGAAUGAGAGGUUUCAACUCCUUAUGGUUCUAGCGAUUGCUAUCCGGCUGCUCAACAGGACCGACGCCGCGGUUCCCACGACGGGAUCAGAUUCCUUCUUUGCGUCGGCCAUCCACGUCUUCACGGAACGCCCACAUGCCAUCUGGAAAGGCGACCUGGAACAUUUGCAAAAUUUGCUACUGAUUGUGCAAUACACCAUUUUCGCGUCCAAUCUCCCCGCUGCCUGGCACUUUAUCGGUCUGGCGACGCGACUUGCCAUCGACCUUGACCUUCUCAACGAGACACAGCGAGGUCUUCCCCAUGGUGAUGAAACCCCCAUCGCUCAGGCUCAAACGAAUAAGAGGAGGCGUGUUUUCUGGUCGACAUAUAUACUCGAAACGAAUCUCUGUGUUGUUCUCAACCGACCACGGUCUAUACCCGAUGAGGCCAUCUUCAUUCCUCUCCCAUCGACAAGCGGCCCUGAGGCGUCAACACCGCUGGCCAAUCACUGCAUCAUCUUUCGUCAGGCUGAAUACGAGAUAUUCCAUACAUUGAACUACAAGCCUCGAAUACAUGACUCUCUGUUUGACUUUCACCGAUGGAAGAUUAGCAUGAGGGAUCGUCUUGUUGAGUGGCACCAGACCGUCCCACCUCUUGAUGCCACAUCCAAACUGGCACCUCAAAACUUCUUUGACGGCGCGUUAUAUAUGACGCUCGUCUAUUUAUUCUCACCUUCACCUCAUUUCCCCAGUCCUCCGGAAGCAGAAUUGAGAGACCUCGCCCAAUAUGCUUCGCGCAGCAUUGAACUAUACAGGGCAGGCUUCAAGGAAGGCCAACUGCGAUUUUACUGGCGAACCAUACCCAAUCUCUUUCGGUCAGGCGCGGCGCUCGUUCACUGCAUCAAGACUCUGCGACUGAAUGGCGCGGUAUUUGAUGCGAACGAGUUGGAGAAGCGGGUGACCAUGUGCUCGACUGUUCUCUGGGGAAUGGCUGAGCGAUAUCCUCCGGGAGCGUCGUAUCGCGAUCGGUUCGAAGAGCUGGCGGCUUCCAUGUCUGAGGUAUCUUCUCCGACGAAUGGGAUGCCUUCGGUUAUUUCGCACGAGUUUCUACUUGCUCACGACGUGAUUGCGCCGUUGGACUUGGAUGAUACGGCUACGUUGUGGACUACGACUCCACCGAACCUUGAUCCGUGGAUCUUUGAUCAGUCCUAG